AUGUGCACUCGCUGCAUAUUACACACAAAGCCAGCUGCUUUAGAACUUGGCCUCCAGACAUCUGGCAAGCAACAUCUCACUUUCGAGACACUGCACGGGUUGCGUUUCAGAGCAUAUAAGCUCCGCCUAUGGCUUAUGGAGCACAAUAUAAAUGCAAAGCCUCCACCGGACACGGAAUUACAGAGCAUUUAUUCAGCCAAGGCCCUAACUUCACAAAAUCACCUCGAGUCAAAUUCAAGGAAGACACGACACGGCACCUUGGAGCAUCAAGGAAUACACCUGGUCGUGUUUGCCAUGGCAUGA